AGAAAACUAACUUUUUAUGGUAAAGUUGGAGGAGUUACUAGGCUUUACUUUGAUGGUCAAAAACCGGAAAUUAGGUUGUUAGCUCCGCGAGUUUAACAGUUCACUUUAGCUCAAAUAGUGUCCAAAAAGUAAAGUUUUUUUCAGAAUGUGUGUUCAAAGCUCUGCGGAGGUGUGCGUAUAAAGUCAAACCGUCAAAUAUUAACAAACACACACUGUCAUGGCGACAGUGACCCGAUAAGUCUGGGUUUGAUUAGUCGAAAAUAUUUCAGCCUCUCCCCGAAAUGUAAAAAAUAAUUUCCGGAUCUCCGAGUUUGACCCCUGCUUAUUUCCGUCUCCGACAAGUUAGAGAGCCAGCCAAUCCGAAGAGAUACUCGUUAGCUAAUCUCAUCUGAGUUUGUUAAUCCGUUCACACUUGUUGGACUCACAGUGGGACAGAUUCCAGCCGCAGGACGCCCGUGUCCCACCGUCCCUGAAGAGGCGUUCAGGUUCCGGGUAAACUCUAACUAAACGGUCUUUUCACUUUCGGCCGGCCGUCUGGGGAACGUGCCCUAAAAGACCGUCCAAUGGAUGCUUGGACUGAACUUUUUUCCGAAACUAUGAGGAAUAAAGUUGAAGCUCCAACGGUCCCUCGGUCCUCUUAAUUGAGUCGCGAGGGCAUGAGAGCGGGUCCAAACUUUGCGGAGCCUCGGAAAGAAGAGACGCGAUGGCGGCACGCGGAAGACGGAACCGACCCAAGUUAGUUCUCCUCCUUUGCGGAGUCACCCUGCUGGGAUACGUGAUAUUUUUCCGACACGGCUCCGGGGAAGCCGGCGGCGCCGACCGACGGGAAGCCCCCGGGGAACCGGAGGUGGUGGACGGCGACGAGGAGCUGAGGAGACCCGUUUACGAGAAGCCCCCUCUGGACUUGAACGCACCGGGGGAGAUAGGCAGACCCGUGAGGCUGAACCUGAACGCGGAGGAGAAAAGGAAAGAGGAGGAAAGCCUCAAGAAGCACCAGAUUAACAUUUAUGUCAGUGACAGAGUGUCGCUGCACCGCCGGCUGCCAGAGAGAUGGAACCCGCUAUGCAGAGAGCUGAAAUAUGACUACAGGUCUUUGCCGACCACAUCUGUGGUCAUCGCCUUCUACAACGAGGCCUGGUCCACCCUGCUGAGGACGGUCCACAGCGUGCUGGAGACCUCACCGGACGUCCUGCUGAAGGAGGUGGUGCUGGUGGACGACUACAGCGACAGAGAGCACCUGAAGGAGCCCCUGGAGAAGUACCUGUCGGGCGUGAGGAAGGUGCGUCUGAUCCGGGCCACCAAGAGGGAGGGGCUGGUGCGCGCCCGCCUGCUGGGGGCCUCCAUCACCACCGGGGACGUGCUCACCUUCCUGGACUGCCACUGCGAGUGCCACGACGGCUGGCUGGAGCCGCUGCUGCACAGGAUCAAAGAGGAGCCGAAGGCGGUGGUGUGUCCCGUCAUCGACGUGAUCGACUGGAACACCUUCGAGUAUCUGGGCAACUCCGGCGAGCCCCAGAUCGGGGGCUUCGACUGGCGCCUGGUCUUCACCUGGCACACCGUCCCGGAGCACGAACAGGAACGCCGGCGCUCCCCCACCGACGUCAUCAGGUCUCCAACCAUGGCCGGUGGUUUGUUUUCUGUGAGCAAGAGCUAUUUCCAGUACCUGGGGACGUAUGACACCGGGAUGGAGGUGUGGGGAGGAGAGAACCUGGAAUUCUCCUUCAGGAUCUGGCAGUGCGGGGGCAGCCUGGAGGUCCACCCGUGCUCCCACGUGGGUCACGUGUUUCCCAAAAAGGCCCCGUACUCCCGGGGCAAGGCGCUGGCCAACAGCGUGAGAGCGGCCGAGGUCUGGAUGGACGAAUUCAAAGAGAUCUACUACCACCGCAACCCCCACGCACGGCUGGAGGCCUUCGGAGAUGUGACCGAGCGGAAGAAGCUCCGGGAGAAGCUGGCUUGCAAGAGCUUCAAGUGGUAUCUGGAUAAUAUUUACCCAGAGAUUUACGUCCCACACGACCGGCCAGGCAUGUUUGGGAUGCUGAAAAACAGGGGAAAGACCAGCUACUGCUUCGACUACAACCCCGUGGACGACCACAUGAUGGUGGGCCAAAGGGUCAUCCUGUACCCCUGUCACGGCAUGGGCCAGAACCAGUUCUUUGAAUACUCGGUGGAUGGGGAGAUCUGUUACAACACUAGAGAUCCAGCAGGAUGUGUCAUGGGUGACAGCGUCAGUACCUACUUAACCGUCCAGCUGUGCAAAAAACGAGGACAGCCUGUUCCAUUAGAUCAGAAAUUUGUCUUCCGAAAGGAUGGAAGCCUGUACCAUGUCCAGAGCCAGAAGUGCGUGGAAGCCUUGGACAAGACGGACAACGGGACCCCGGCCCCCUCCCUCCAGCCCUGCUCCGACAGCCUCAGCCAGAAGUGGUUCUUCGAGGAGAGAAUGUGACGGGACGAAAUCACCCUUGGGAGCGUAUUUAUUUGGGGAAAAAUGGUUUUGUUAAUGUUUGCUUUGCCUUAAAAGGAGCCCGGGUGAUAAUUCAUCCAGGCUUCUCCUCCGACUUUAAAUGUGUGCACAGUUUUUGUGCAGCAGCUGGACCAACGGGAAAUGAUCCCGACGAGCUCUUAUUAUUCUUUGAGGCACUUUGUUCAGGGAAGCACAGCACCGGGGGGAACAUGCUUCACCCUUCUAAUGAAGGAGAUACUUGAGAAUAAGUGACAAUCUCCUCCACGACUCGCUGGCAUCAUCCUUGUCUUUCAGUCUGAACCCUCUGCUGCCAUCACAGUCUUUUUUAAAAAGAGAUCAUUUUAGCUUCCUGGCUUUUUAGCACACAGGAAGAGAGACACACAAACACAAAAAAAAAGAGCAGCAUGAAUGUAUCAGUCUGUGUCUCAGAGCCUCUUAUGGGCUCGUGGACGUCAUGAUAAUAAUUUUACAUUUUUUUUUCUUUUUGGAAGAGCCUCCUCAGGAGCUGUCAUUUGAUAUUCUGGGGUUCUCCUGUAGAGGGGGCCCACGCGCCUCGAUUCCUUUCAUCGUCUCAAUUUGUCACUAGUAAGAGUUACAGAGGUUCAGGAGUUUUUGAGGAACUUUCUCAGAAAGCUGUAACUUACUGAGUCUCAUGUGUUCCAGUGGAUGAUCACAAAGCCAUAUAAUACACACACCACGCACCAAAGCCUGUGCCUCAGUCCUCUAACUUUAUCACCCGACUCCUAAUUACAAAAAAAACGGUGCUUUUUAAAAACGAUAAGCGGCUAAAACUGAUGCAUUCGUAGCCACAAUUCUUUGACUUACUUCAAGUUCAACCAGUUGUAUUUUUAGAUUAUUUUUUUUACCAAGUUGUUUCAGAUUAAUGUAAGUUUGUAAGGUUUACACAAGUUUGUGCAAUUGACCACGCUUAUUUGUCCAUCUGGAGCCAAGAAAGUGCCUGAUACAUAACAGAAAAAAAAAAAAACUAUAUAUAUAUUUUUUUGUAUGAUAAUAGGAUGAAGAUAAAUCACAUUGCUGAAUGUAUGUCCUCAGUAAGACAAAAAAAAAAAGGUGGCGGUGAGGUGUAAGACAUGGAAUCUGUGCCCGUGGAGAACAGAUUUAACUCGGGUGGGUCGUAUGGAUUUGUCUGUGCCGUGUCAGGACUCAUCUGUCACGAUCAGGCCGCGUUAGAUGCCUCUGAACUGGACGCUUGGAUCUCUGUGUGGCCCUCCCUCAGGCUACUCAGGACUAGACAGUCUGCUGGUGUCUCCAGAGUCUCUGGGAUGCCAGAUGACUAACUGAUGGGCUUUUUUCUGGACCUCUCCCAGUUCUUCCUCGCCUCUUUUUCCCCCUGCCGUGUCGGAGGUGUGCUCGUCCAAUAACCUACCGAUGAGCAAUAGUGCACAAUAAGAACCGAAGCAGAGAGAAAGUGGGAGCAUGAAAGAAGCCCUGGGCUCCUGCUGCUGAUUCAGAGGUGACGCCCUCAAUACGCUAAAGCAGCUAUUCCCGAACGAGAAUGCUUUUAUUUGCCAAAACGUUGCUGCUGGGACUUGUGAAUGUAUGAGCUUUCAUUCUGCGUUCCCAAAGAGGCCGCACUGCGUUGGCCAUUAUGCGCAUACAUUUAAGGAUUUAUCGCUCUCUGGAAGACAGUACCAUUAGGGAGACGUAUUAAGUUGGGCAAAGUUUUUUUUUUUUCUAAAUACCGGGCUCCAUUUCCCAGUAGUCUAUAAGCUUUCUUACUUUUCUUUUUUGUUGUCAGGAUAAUGAGUAGUACAUUGCUAAAUGCUUAGUGAAGGGGACCAAAUGACCAACGGGGAUUCAGUCUUUUAUAAAUGGAAGGGGCAUAUUUGUCUUGUGACCAUAUGAAUUGAUCUAAGGCUUAUAGGGGCUGUAGAAUGUCAUCGAUCUGGCUAAAGAAUUACACAAUCGGAAUGAGACACUUUGUCCAGUACAGGUCUUUUUUUCUGUAGUUUUCUGAAAAGUAAGACUUUGCUCUUUUCCAUCAGUUAAAGCUUUUGUUUUCCAGUUUUAUGCAGUGAUCACAAAAAGAAAAGCUGUAGUUCUCCACCUGUUUAUCCUCUGAAUCUCAGCACUGCAAAAAUAUUUUAUAUUAUUAAGAAAAGAGGCCGUUUGUCAUCACCAUGUUGCCAUCUGCUGUCCUGGACAUGAAUGGCAAAAAGGUUCUGUCGUAGAUCUGUAACCUUUGGAAGUUCAGACUCCGCCAUUUGAGCUUGGUUUAAAACACCAUGUACAUUUUUGUCUAACUGUGGCAAAUAUUCACAGGGAAAAACUGUUUUUAUAUUCUUAAGUUAUAACGUAGAGAUGAAAAUGCUGGAAUACAACAAAAUGUCAAAUUUGUGAAGCCUGUCUGUUGCCCCACUGCCUUUCUCUAUGAUUAGGGACAUAAUUCUUUUGUAUAUUUGCUGGAUCAAAUAAAAAUGAUGUCAGUGAACACCUUUUUACUUUUGUGAUUUGAAAUAUAAGAGAGAAAAAAAACACGA